CCCUCGGAACCACAGUGGGAACUCCUCGGUCUGCCUCUCGUUGACCACUCUUCCCUCCAGCCUGCCUUGCCUCCACCUCCGGGUGCACAGGGUGGGUCUCUGCACUUACAGGACCCCUGAAGACAGUGAGGCCAUGAGGGCUAGGCGGGGAGCAACGGGAGGGAAAAGCCAGGCCUGGUUCUCCAUCUUAUUUCCAAAUAAGAGUUUGUUGGAUGCUUUUCAACUGAGAGCAGAUGAUUAAUUCAGACCCAACAUUGUUCUGUCUUUGAACAUAGAUAAAUUAGUUUACUGGAAAAGCAAUCUUUUCAUUUGCGUUUCCAUGUCACCUGUGAUUUUCCCUGCCUUCCACCCGCAGCCCUGCCAGUUGGCAGGAAGACGGUCAGCAAAGCUGCUGAUAAGAGGAGUAUAAAGAGGGCUUGGUCUAUGGCAGGGGGCAGUGGUCUUCUCAGCUAGCAACAUGCUGCGCUUGCUGGUAGUGGCCUCCCUGGUCCUUUAUGGACACAGCACCCAGGACUUUCCAGAAACCAACGCCCGGGUAGUUGGAGGGACCGAGGCCCCGAGGAAUUCUUGGCCAUCUCAGAUUUCCCUCCAGUACCAGUCUGGAAGUUCGUGGGCUCACACCUGUGGAGGGACCCUCAUCAGGCAGAACUGGGUGAUGACAGCCGCUCACUGCGUGGACAGACAGUUGACCUUCCGUGUGGUGGUUGGAGAGCACAACCUGAACCAGAACGAUGGCACCGAGCAGUACGUGGGGGUGCAGAAGAUCGUGGUGCAUCCCUACUGGAACAGAAACAACGUGGCUGCAGGCUAUGACAUCGCCCUGCUGCGCCUGGCCCAGAGUGUAACCCUCAACAGCUACGUCCAGCUGGGUGUUCUGCCAAGGGCGGGGACCAUCCUGGCUAACAACAGUCCCUGCUACAUCACAGGCUGGGGCCUGACCAGGACCAAUGGGCAGCUGGCCCAGACCCUGCAGCAGGCUUACCUGCCCAUCGUGGACUACGCCACCUGCUCCAGCUCCUCGUACUGGGGCUCCACCGUGAAGAACAGCAUGGUGUGCGCCGGAGGGGACGGAGUUCGCUCUGGAUGUCAGGGUGAUUCUGGGGGCCCCCUUCAUUGCUUGGUGAAUGGUCAGUAUGCUGUCCACGGUGUAACCAGCUUCGUGUCCGGCCUGGGCUGUAAUGUCACCAGGAAGCCCACAGUCUUCACCAGGGUCUCUGCUUACAUCUCUUGGAUAAACAACGUCAUUGCCAGCAACUGAACAUUUUCCGGAGUCCAACGGCCUUCCCGAGGUGAUUCUUAGAUGCUCAGCAGGACUUGAGGCCACCAAAGAAAUUACAUUCUAAGAGACUAUUGAGUCAGAUACAAAAAAGCAAAUAAAACCGAAUAUACAUAUCA